UGGCCCAGCAGCCCGUCAGUUACUGGCAAGUGCAGUUAAGUUUUGCUGUUGGGCGGAGGGAGAACUGAGCUUGUGGGGCUCGGCGGAACCUGCCUGGUCAGCUUGAUACUCAUGGACGUUGGAUGGACCAGAGGCAGGGAUGGUCGGCUAUGAUGCCAAAGCAGAUACCAGGAGUAACUCCAAGCUGGAGGUGGCGGUGGCAGGAUCAGUGUCUGGAUUUGUCACUCGUGCCCUGAUCAGCCCUUUGGAUGUCAUCAAGAUCCGCUUCCAGCUUCAGAUUGAACGCCUGUGUCCAAGUGACCCCAACGCCAAAUACCACGGAAUCUUCCAGGCGGUCAAGCAGAUUCUGCAGGAGGAGGGCCUAGCGGCGUUCUGGAAAGGACAUGUUCCUGCCCAGAUUCUGUCUGUAGCCUACGGAGCAGUCCAAUUCCUAUCAUUUGAGGAGCUGACCGAACUGCUCUACAGAAUCAACCUGUAUGAAACGCACGAAUUCUCCGCACACUUUAUAUGCGGUGGCCUGUCUGCCGGCGCAGCCACCCUCGCCGUGCACCCUGUGGAUGUCCUGCGCACCCGCCUCGCAGCUCAGGGGGAGCCCAAGAUCUAUAACACCCUCCGAGAGGCCGUGUGGACCAUGUACAGGACUGAGGGCCCCUGGGUCUUCUAUAAGGGCUUGGCUCCCACCGUGAUCGCCAUCUUCCCCUAUGCGGGCCUGCAGUUCUCCUGCUACCGAUCCUUGAAGCAUGCCUACGACUGGGUCAUUCCACCAGAUGGAAAGCAAACAGGGAACCUUAAAAACCUGAUUUGUGGCUGUGGAUCUGGAGUCAUCAGCAAGACCCUUACGUACCCCCUGGACCUCUUCAAGAAGCGGCUACAGGUGGGAGGCUUCGAGCAUGCGCGAUCUGCCUUCGGCCAGGUGCGGAGCUACAGGGGCCUCCUGCACCUCACCAAGCAAGUGCUACAAGAUGAAGGCACCCAGGGCCUCUUCAAGGGCCUGUCCCCCAGCCUGCUGAAGGCUGCCCUGUCCACGGGCUUCAUGUUCUUCUGGUACGAGCUCUUCUGUAACCUCUUCCACUGCAUACGGAGAGAAGACAGAUAGCUGUGAGAGCCGAGCGGGAGGCACCUCCCCCAACAAGACUUGUUCUGAGCUCAUUUUCUACGAUGGCUGCUGCCUGCUAGGCCUCCCAGGCUGGCUGCCCUGCGCAGGAAAAGUCACCCACAGCGGAUGGCAGAAGGGCGGGACCUUUUCCGGAAAGAGCAGAGAAGGAAGCCCCAUGGGCUGUAGAAGCAAGGCUCUGAGAAGGAGCCUGGCAUUGGUCCUCUGUCCAGCCCUAAGGGAAUCAGGCAUCCUCUGCUUUGUAGUCCUGUUUUGGGGGAAAGUCUCCCAGUCCUGGUAAGAGUAAGGCUUGAGUACAGAGGGACAGGACUGGGCUCUUUGUAGACGUCUAAGCCCCACAGCUUGGUCUGUUUCUCCUACCAACUUAUUUAAUAGACAUUAAAGCAAAAGGCACAUUCUGUAUGUCACUCGAGGAUGAUGGGAGGGGCCCUCUGCUGUCCCUGCAGUUGCAGCCCUGAGGCAGCCAUGCUCUUCAACGUAAGGGGUGAACCCUACCACGUGGGGAGCUUCUGAACCCCCCAGUUCCAGACCUUUGUGGCUGUGAGGCUCCAGGACUGGACAGGAAGGACGCCGGACAAAACUAGCUUGUAGGCAGAAGGCAGGAAGUAAAGGGGGCGUGCUGGCCCUGACCCUCAGUCUUGUCAGUGGCUCCUCUGCACUGGGUCAGCUCAGCAUGGGUGUCGUACAUGUGAGUCCUCUAAUUCCCAAAGGGCCCAGCCACUUAGCAGUCCAGAGAGAUGUAUAUAUAUGAAGAGGAAAAACUUUUGUUAGAGGCUCAAGAGAAGAAAUACACGGUGACCAUCUUUUCCGAGCUCCUGCCUGUCAGUGAGUCUGGCAGAGGGAAGGGAGGAGAGAUCCCUUGACUGGGAUUCCACCCCCUGAAUAACUGACUGUAACAGCCCUGUUCAUGGAAGCUGGGACUCUGGGACUUCUGCCCAGCACCAGCCUCAGUCCCCUCCUCUACAGUCCCUUUGUACCCCGCUCUUAUCGACCUUCUCUGACCUUGCCUGUGGAUUCUCAAGGUCCAGGCUGCUCUUGGUUUUUUUUUUUUUUUUUUUUUGGUUUUUCGAGACAGGGUUUCUCUGUGGUUUUGGAGCCUGUCCUGGAACUAGCUCUUGUAGACCAGGCUGGUCUCGAACUCACAAAGAUCCGCCUGCCUCUGCCUCCCGAGUGCAGGCUGCUCUUGGGAGGGUUUCUGAGGUGGGUGGGCUCUUGGCUUCCUGGGUUUGGGGCGGCAGAAGUGUAGUGUGGUCCUCUUCCUGGAGAAGUGUGAACGGAUGUCUACUCCAGAGGAUGACAGGAUGGCAGACCAAUGUGAAGAUGCUACCUGUCGACAGGUUUCCAUUGCUGCCAUGAAGCAUCAGGACCAGGAAGCUAGUUGGGGCGGAGAGAGUAUAUUUGGUUUAUACUUCCAUAUCACUGUUCAUCAUUAAAGGAAGUCUGGACAGGAACUCAAGCAGGGCAGGAGCUGAUGCAGAGGCCACGGAUGAGUGCUGUGUACUAGCUUGCUCUCCAUGGUUUGCUCAGCCUGCUCUCUUAUAGAACCCAGGACCACCAGCCCAGGGGUAGCACCACCCACAAUGGGCUGGGCCCUCUCCCAUCAGUCACUAAGAAAAUGCUCUCCAGGCUUGCCCACAAGCCCAACCCUAUGGAGGCAUUUUCUUAAUUGCUGUUCCUGCUUCCCACAUGGCUUUAGUUUGGUAUAAAACUAUUUAGCGCACGGGGCUGGAGAGAUGGCUCAGCCGUUAAGGGCACCCCCAGGUUCAAUUCCUAGUACGCACAUGGAGGCUCACAACUGUGUGAUCCAGCAGCUCAAAGUGAUUUGACAUCCUCCUAUACAUAAAUGCUGGCAAAACACCAAUGCACAUUAAAUAAAUAAUUACAAAAAACACACGAAACCUCCACACUACCAAAGUCCAAUUUGCUGAACCAAACAAUGAGGCUGAUAGCUCUGGAAAGCCGGAAACAUGGAGCACACCCAACGGCCUGCAGGCUGCCCAAGAGAUUGAAGACUCCACCAGGCAGCUCAGUGGGUCGACUUUCUUCAAGUCAACUUGAUCGGUCCUGCCAGGCAGCCCAUUUCAUCGCUGCUUCUUCCACACAGCUGUGCUGACCCGGACCUUUUUCAGGCUGCCCCUCGGCAAUCCGCAUUGCUUCUGUAGGGAGGAGCCCUUGGGUUUUUCCGCUUCCCUAGAAUCUCCAGUAUUUUUUUUUCUUUCUACUUUUUGAGGCAGUUUGUUUCUUCUCUUAGUUGUCCCAUCUUAACCUGGAGGCUUUAGAAUCAGCUUCUGGAUGUUUUGGUUUGCUUUUUUUAUGAAGUAAAUUCCAAGCUUCUCCGGA